AUGUCAAAGAUUCGGAAUGCUUUCACUGUCCUGAUGGACAUACAAACUCCUAUAGUAGCUGCCCCGAUGGCAGGGGCUAGUGGUGGUGCAUUGGCAGCUCAGACAUCCGCUGCCGGAGCAUUUGGAUUUAUCGGUGCAGGAUACUUGACCUCUUCUCGCAUUCAGGAGGAACUAUCAUUAGCUCGCGCGCAACUCCUCCUAUCCCCCACAGAUCCUCUCCCAAUCGGUGUGGGUUACCUAGCUUGGCAACUGGAUAAAGAUCCCUGUGGCGUUGGAUUGCUCGACAUUUCCCUUUCGAACAAGGUCAAGGCUAUCUGGCUCGCGUUCGGGAAUAAUAUAGGUCGAUGGAUCGAGCACGUCCGCUCUUAUGAUGCGAGCUCCGGGCGGGAUCAAAAAACCCUGAUAUUUGUACAGGUUUCCUCAGCGAAAGAGGCUCUCAUCGCUAUUCAGGACUGGAAAGUUGACGUUUUAGUAGCUCAAGGAUCUGAAUCUGGGGGGCAUGGGUAUAGCGCUGCUCCGCCGCUUCUCACGGUGGUGCCGUCUAUCUUGGCAGUGCUGCCUAAAGAUGGCCCGCCUCUUCUUGCAGCCGGCGGAUUGUCGACUGGCGGUCACGUUGCUUCUUUGCUUGCACUCGGGGUCUCUGGUGUGGUGCUCGGCACUAGGUUCUUGAUGACGAAAGAGAGCUUCUAUGAUGAGGCGCAAAAGCAUGUGCUCGUUAUGGCCGGUGCGAAUGACACAGUGCGGACCACGGCAUUUGACCGUGCUAGGGGAACUCUGGAUUGGCCGGAAGGCGUCGACGGUCGUGCCAUCUAUAAUAAGACAGUGAAAGAUGUGGAUGAUGGUGUAGACAUCGAAAUUGUUCGAGAGAAUUUCAACAGGGCAACGCAGGAUAGGGAUCCUGAUCAAAUCUUGGUUUGGGCGGGUACUGGAGUUGACUUGGUCACAGAAAUUCAGACUGCGCAGGAUGUUGUUCGGGAACUGCACGCAGAUAUGAUGAAACAUUUAAGUUUUGUAUCGACACUUAUUGCCACCUAA